AUGCCUGCCGCUCUCUCCGUCGUUUCCAUCAUAGGUCUUGCAGCUGUCGUGACAGCCCAAACUACAGGCGUUGUCCCUCUGACCGAUAAGAAGUACACUUGGCCCGAUGUGCCGUACCAAGUAUCUCCUGAACCCGUUGGCCGUGGCCCCCAGUUUGGAUUCAACAUUUGUAACUCGACUACUGAGAACCAACAGUCGGACUGUCAGACAUCGUUCGUCAAUUCCAUCGACGACUUCUGUCUAUGGGCCCCUGCUACUCCCAACUCUCUGAUCGCCGAUACCGAAGCUGCUGAGGUUGCGUGGUGCUCCAAGAAGGGACACGGAACUCGUGUAAUUCCCGGAGGCGCACUGAAGGGUGUUCAGUAUCUCAAGACUCCGGACUACGUUCAAAUCACCGGUUUCGUCGACCAAAGUCAGAUUAAUCUGCAAUCCGAUGAUGCUGGAGGAGAGCUCGACCCUCAUGGUGCCGAUGAGCAAGGAAACCCACUCGGUGGACUGAUUUUCAGUAAUGCCUGGAGCAACGGAAAUAAUAACUCCUUCACUCAGGUAAUUGAGUGGACCAACUUUAUGGGUGGCAACAUGUUCUGCUUGAAGAUCUGCGACCCAGCAGGGAAGAACCCUGCUGGCUACUGCGAACAUAUUUACGAUCGCAUUGGAUGCGCCUACAAUGCUCCUGCUGCAUAUGUCAAUGGCACAUUCGAAAAAUGUGAUUCGGACAGCAUGGAACUUCCUGGCCAAUAUGUCUCCAACGGCGCGACGGUGACCUAUUACCAGCCACCGGAGUCUCUCGGCCCCAUUACUAGCAUCCCUUAUACUGUGGCCAUCCCGAAGAGCUCAAAUUGUGUAACUUACCAAAGCACUGACCUUUAUGCUGCGGCCUCGACUACCGCUGCUUCUUCAUCCCCGACUGCGACUGCCACCGGUAAAGCAGCCUCCCAGCAUGCCAGCUCCGGAACUGCCUCCCGCUCUGCGUCCGGCUCCGGCGCCACCAGCACUAGCACCGCCAAUGCUUCCGUUCGGGACACCCAGGCUAUUUCCGCCUGGCCUGCAGCCUUGAUGGCUGGCUUGGUCGGAUUUGGAGGUCUUCUCGGUGUUGUCGCUGCUCUCUAA